AUGGCAAGCUCCGACGAGGGUGAAAUCAGGGACCAGAGAGCUGGGGAUUUGAAGGCAACUUCACUGUCGCACACAGAGAGAAACGGUGUUGACCGUCAAGACAGACAGCGGAAUAGACAUUCCUCGCCCGACUUCGAUACCGCAUCCAGAUACAGCAACUCGUCGAGACGAAGCCGCUCGCCGCGCGGAUACAAGCGCUCGCGCGAUGACAGGGAUCGCUUCCCAAUUGCCAGAGCCCGAGAUCAAGACUCUCGACGUGGCCGCGGCGGCCGCAACGACUACAGGCGAGAGGAGCACAAGAGAUCGCGUAUAGCGUACGACGACCUUGACCGCCCUUCCCCGCGCGGUUCGGACCAGAGCUAUGACCACGACUGGCGCAGUCGCAGGGACCGAGAGCGCGAUCGAAGUCGCGAACGGCAUCGAUUCCAACGCGGCCGAGAUCGAGAUCGAUUUUCUGGACGUUCGCCGCCUCGCCAUCGUCGAAGCCCUUCCCCUCGCCAGUACCAGCGUGGCGACCGGCGAGAUGGCCAGCAAUUCGUGAGAGAAGGCUACUCUGACCAACGCGAUUCAAGAGAAUUGCGGUACGACGACGCCGAUUUGAGCGCUCGGGACAACAACUCUGCAGCUAGGAAAGACUCCGUAGGAGACGCAAACGAAGCAGUAAAAGAUGAUGCUAAAACUCAGAAGGAUACUACUCAGAACGGCGAUGCCGCUCCUGCCGCUACUACGAGUGAUGUCCCGAUGAUGGAGGACUACGAAGAGCCCGAAGAAUUUGAUGAAGAAGCAGAAAUCGAACGCCGCCGCAAGAGACGUGAGGAGCUUCUUGCAAAGUCCAGCUCUGCAACGCCUCUCCUCCGUCACGCUGUUGGAGCUUCCACUUCCAUGACUCAAGCAUUGUCGCCCGCCUCUUUCCAAUCGGACACGCCGCAAAUGUCCCAGCGAUCAGACAGCAAGAUGUCUCAGUCGCCGCGCUCCAAUGCGCCAUCUCCGGCAGCCCUGGAUCUGUUUGAUGGCAAAGAUUUGGUCAAUUCACACGCUGCAGCAGCCAAAGCCAACGAUGAAGACGGCCCCUCUGCUGCCGAAUAUGACCCUACCGUCGACAUGAUGGAGGAUGGACGUAGAGAUGAGCUGCGCCAUGGACAAGUCGUCAUCCACGGCGAGCCUGAACCUGCUGCGGCAGUUGAGCAGAACCCUGCCAAAGUGGUGCCCAGUCCGUCGCCGCAGAAACCAUCUGCAGGCGAAGGAGAAGACGAUGACGACUUUGAUAUGUUUGCGGAUGAGUUUGACGAGGAAAAGUACGCAAGCAAGGCCAAGGCCAAGGAGACAGCAGCGCCAGACGAGGUAAAUGAAGCGACAGAGGCCGUUGACAAGGGAGGCAUUCUCGAAGGCGACGACAAAGACGGAUAUUACAAGAUUCGCAUUGGCGAGAUUCUCAACGGUCGAUAUCAGGUCCAGGCCACGCUCGGCAGGGGUAUGUUCUCCGGAGUCGCGCGUGCCGUUGACAUCACCACCAAGCAGGUUGUCGCCAUCAAGAUGAUGCGAAACAAUGAUGCCCUCCGCAAGGGAGGCUACACGGAGAUUGCCAUCCUUCAGAAGCUCAACGAUGCGGAUCCGGAGAAUCGAAAGCACAUUGUCAAGUUUGAGCGCUCCUUUGACCACCGAGGCCAUCUCUGCAUGGCGUUUGAAAACCUGAGCAUGAAUCUGCGCGAGGUUCUGCGCAAAUUCGGCAACAAUGUCGGCAUCAACCUCAAGGCGACAAGGGCAUAUGCAUACCAGGCCUUUGUUGCCCUGGCUCACAUGCGCAAGUGCAGCAUCAUUCACGCUGACUUGAAACCUGACAAUAUCUUGGUCAACGAGACUCGAAGCGUACUCAAGAUUUGCGAUCUGGGAACGGCUAUUGACCGCUCUGAUGCUGCAACCGCACACACGGAAAUCACACCAUAUCUUGUGAGCCGCUUCUACAGAGCCCCCGAGAUCAUUCUAGGCAUGCCCUACGAUUACGCUGUCGAUAUGUGGUCCAUCGGCUGCACUCUGUAUGAGCUCUACACGGGCAAGAUUCUGUUCACGGGAGACAGCAACAAUCAGAUGCUCAAGGCCAUCAUGGAGGUUCGCGGCCGGAUUACUCCCAAGCUAUAUAAGCGCGGUCAGCUUUCCUCUGUCCAUUUUGACGACCAGGGACAAUUCAUCAGCGUCGAGCGCGACAAGGUGCUUGGCAAGACGACACUGCGAACGCUCAACAUCAUCAAACCGACGCGAGACUUACGCGCCCGACUCCUUGCUGCCUCGAGCGGAAUGGACGACGCGGAGAGCAGGGAGCUUAACCAGUUCAUUGACUUGCUGGAUCAUUGUCUGGCCUUGAACCCUGACAAGAGGAUCAAGCCUGCUGACGCUCUCAAACAUCCAUUCUUCGUCACCCGCUCUGGAGCUGCCCGGCGGUAGGGCCACCGGGUGUGAACAUUGAUGCGGUGGGGACUAUACCAGUGCUCCUCUAUGUUCUACACGACGUACAACGUGGUUCGACUUGGUUUUCUUUUCUUUUCACAUAUAUACGUGGCCGCUCUGGUUGCUGGCCGAUGCAAAUAUCAUCUGCGUGCGAUGGUCUAAACUUGGUGAUGAGAGACAAUACUUUUGCUUCUAUGUACAAUUACGGAGAUGCCAGCUGGUUCUUCAUACGUGGAUAUAAGCCUAUGAUUCUCCAUGCUGAACGACGGCUUCUUGCGGCUUUCUACUAUUCUGCGUUUCCAUACGAUACAUCUCGACGAUAGUAUACAAGAGAUUUCACAUACUUGGGCGGUAAUGGUCAGAGGCAGGCAUCGGAUACACACUGUUUCUAUACGUCUAUUUUCUGUACGGUUUUCACUUAGGGGUUGCUCCUAUAACUACACAAUGUAUGACUUUGAUGAACCAA